UUGGGUGGUGUUGGACUGGUCUUCUCUUUUUAGCUUAUUAAUGGUCUAUACUCUAUACUCGUCCACUUGAACCUCUAAUAACGACUGCAGGAAGACUAGAAUUUAGUCCACACUUCACAGCUCUUCAAUUAUUCACGGUUCUAAGGUUGUCGGAGUCUUUGUUGCAACUUUCCUACGCAUUUGAGGAUUUUCGUCUGUGUGAAGGCAUUUGAUUAUUCGAACUGAGCAGCAGCUGGUGAUGGCUUGUUUCUCAUGUUUAUUUUCGAGAAAGAAAACUUUCUCAGCUGAACAAACAAUAGAAAUAGAUGAAGAGGUUUCGGGUAUUCUGAACACUAAACGGUUUCCUUACAAGGAGCUGAAAAUGGCAACUGGAAAUUUUCAUCAUUCCAAUAAAAUUGGUGAGGGAGGUUUCGGUGUUGUCUAUAAGGGAACUUUCGGAGAUGGUACCAUGGGUGCUAUAAAGGUGCUGUCAGCGGACUCAAAGCAAGGGGUACGAGAGUUCUUGACGGAAAUAAACAUGAUUGCUGAAAUAGAGCAUGAGAACCUGGUUGAAUUGUGCGGUUGUUGUGUGGAAGGAAACCAUAGGAUUUUGGUCUAUGGCUAUCUCGAGAAUAACAGCCUUGCACAAACACUUCUCGGUGGAGGGCAUAGCAGUAUGCAAUUCAGCUGGGAAGCAAGGCGUAACAUUUGCAUCGGUGUUGCAAAGGGGCUUGCAUUCCUUCACGAGGAAGUUCAACCACAUAUUAUUCACAGAGACAUAAAAGCAAGCAAUAUUCUCCUCGAUAAAAAUCUCAAUCCCAAAAUUUCAGAUUUUGGCCUGGCAAAGCUUUUCCCUGACAACAUGACCCACAUAAGUACACGUGUUGCUGGAACAACAGGUUAUCUAGCACCGGAGUAUGCUAUAAGAGGCCAGUUGACGAGGAAAGCGGAUAUUUAUAGUUUUGGCGUUUUGCUGUUGGAAAUUGUUAGCGGUAGAUGCAACACAAACAGAAGAUUGCCUCUAUCAGAGCAAUACCUUCUCGAGAGGGCAUGGAACAAGUAUGAGUCCAGAGAACUAGUGGAACUAGUUGAUACAUCAAUGGGCGGCGAGUAUGAUGAAGAAGAGGCUCAGAAAUUUCUAAAGAUUGGUUUACUUUGCACCCAAGACAUUCCAAAACUCCGACCAUCCAUGUCUCAAGUGGUGAAGAUGCUAAUGGGAGAAGAAGCUGUGAAUGAUGAGAAUAUAUCAAGACCUGGCCUUCUUUCGGAAUUCACAGCACUCAGAGGCCAAAAAGAUAACUCCGGCAUGAUAUCUGAAGGCACAGGCAAAGGGGGGAAUUCAUCUUCGUCAUCAGAAAAUGUCACAACAUCGUAUGCUACAAUGACAUUCAAUUCAAUAUUCGACCGAAGCAAUUAGGUUGUUCUAUUCUUGUUUUGGUACUCUUUAGGAAGAAUUUUUGAAAUUUUUUCUUCCUGAUUUCAUCGAAGUAACAGUUCGGGUUUCAGGUUUUGCUUAGCCACAUUAUACCUUGUUCAUCUUUCCUGUUUUGUGAGACCAGCAAUGCUGUAAAUUUAUGUAAAUUGUAAUCAUUUGUGCCUUAAUAUUUUGAUUCUUUUUUGAGUUCA